CAAUUUGAAAAAAUAAAUUUGAAAAAUAAAAAAAAAAAAUAAUUUUUGAAAAACUUUUUGAGAAAAAGUCGCAUCUCGUUGAGUACGCGUACGCCAGUCGAUGUUUUAGGAUAUUUCGCGGUCACAAGUGAAACCGAUACGAAAAAAAAUCCAUUCAUGCAGCAAUCGAGAGAGGAAAUUGUGACCUUUUCCAAGUGAAGUGAUACGAAUUUUCUUGGUGUUAAAUUUCAAAGAAAAUUCUUUAAAGAAAGAAAAGAAAAAUUAAAACAGGAUGGGACGGUUGUCGAUUUGGGUCCUUCUAGGACUUAUGCUUUUUGCCGUAUCAUCUAAUGAUAUCUUUGCCAGCGCGGAUGUCGGUCCUAGUGAGUCCGAAUGUCGUCCAUACAUCGAGAAGGCUAUAAACGAACUGAAGACAGGUGAUCCAAAUGAAAAAGAUACCGACAAAGAUAGUGUUGCUAGUCCGGAAGCAACUUCCGGCGAGGACACAACGAGUAAAGAACCCGAACUUGAUGACAACGACGAUUCAGGUGAGCAGCCUCAGGCAGAUGAUGCAGCCGCUGCACAAUCUGAAUCAGAACAGGAUGAUAACGACAAUGAAGGUGAAGACGAUGGCAAGGAAGAUACUGAAGAUGGAAAAGAUGAUGACAGUAAUGAAGAAUCACCAAAAGAUCAACUAGAAACUGUUGAAAUAUCCGAUGGUGAGUCUGAAGAAGCUGCAAAGUCUGCUGAAGAUACCAUUAAAGAAACAAGUGAUGAUAAAGAAGAUGAAGAUGAUAAGAAUUCUGAAGAAGCUGUAGGCGAAGAUACAAAGUCUGAGGAGGAGCAAGCUGAAGAAGGUGAAGAUAAGCAGUCUGAAGAAGAAAAGGAAGAAGCUUCUUCAAAGGAGGGCUCUACUGAUGAUGCUGCAAAGUCUGAAGAAGCAUCUUCUAAGGAAGGUGAAGACGCUGAAGGUAGCCAAGAACAACAAACUGAAGAAGAUAAGGCUGAUUCUGGUGAAGCAGCUGAAGAAAGCAAAGAAGAAAGUGAAAAGCCAGAAGUUAGCGUAGAAGAAACCGAGGAAGAAGUCAUUUCAAGAUCGAAACGUAGUGUGGAAGAAGCUUCUCCAGAAGACAGUACUCCUGAAGAUGAUGGACAAGAAUCUAAGGAAGCUGCUGCAGCUGAUGGUGAUGAAGAUACCACAGACUCCAAGGAAGAUGCUGCUGCUGAUGAUGGCCAAGACUCCAAGGAAGGCACUGAUGAAGACGGUCAAGACAGCAAGGAAGAAUCAGCUCCAGAAAGUAAGGAAGAAGAAGAGAAAGCUGAUGAUGGUGUAGAUAGUACCGAAGACGAUGCUAGCAAAGCCGAUGACAGCAAAGCUGAAGAUGAACCAAGUAAGGAAGAAACCGAAACUGAAAGCAAAGAAGAUGAAGAUAAGCCAGAUGCUGAUGACGGACAAGAUAGCAAAGAAGACAGCAAACCUGAAGAAGAUGAUGGUGAUAGCAAGGAAGCAGCACCUGCUGAUGAACCAAAAGAAAGUGAAGAAGCCGACAGUACACCUGAAGGAAGUGCAGAAGGUGAUGAGACUGAAGAAGCUAAAGAAUCUGAAGAGGAUGAUACCAAACCUGAGGAUGAACUACUUUGGGAAGGAGAAAUCCCUGAGAAUCUACGCAGCCGAAAUCACAUCACCGAACUCCUUCAACUGGAUGAAGACUUUGAAGCUAAAAGCAAAGCUGUUGAUCGUGUUGCUGAAAUUAUCCUUCGUGACAUCAAACGUAUCUAUGAAAAUGCAAUCAAGCCAUUGGAAAGUCUUUACAAAUACCGCGAUCUCAGCAAUCGCCAUUUUGGCGAUCCAGAAAUCUUCUCCAAGCCAAUGGUUCUCUUUAUGGGACCAUGGAGCGGUGGUAAAUCAUCGAUCAUCAAUUAUCUCACUGGCAACGAAUACACGCCAAAUUCUUUGAGAACUGGCGCUGAACCAUCUCCAGCUUACUUUAACAUUCUCACUUGGGGCAAUGAGACUGAAGUCCUUGACGGAACACAAUUAGCUGCUGAUUACACAUUCUCUGGUCUACAAAAAUUCGGUGAAGGUCUCGAAGAACGUCUGCGUGGAUUAAAAUUGCCAAGCAAACUACUCGAAAAGGUUAACAUUGUUGAAAUUCCCGGAAUUCUCGAGGUCCGCAAACAAGUAUCUCGCUUGUUCCCCUUCAACGAUGCCUGCCAAUGGUUUAUCGAUCGUGCUGAUAUUAUUUUCUUAGUUUACGAUCCAGCAAAACUUGAUGUUGGUCCAGAAACCGAAGCGAUCCUUGAUCAACUCAAAGGUCGCGAAUAUCAAACACGUAUUGUUUUGAACAAGGCCGAUACUGUUAAGCCCGAAGAAUUGUUGCGUGUACAAAGUGCUCUCAUUUGGAAUAUUUCUCCAUUGAUGUCAUCUGCACAACCACCAUUAAUGUAUACAACAUCAUUGUGGUCACAUCCCUAUGAAGAUGGAUCUCCAGCCCGUCUGCUCCAAGCUCAGGAACGAGCAUUUUUACGUGACAUGCGCACUGCCAUUGACAAAAGGAUCGAACAUAAGAUUUCAAGCGCUCGUCGUUUUGCUGUUCGUGUUCGAAAUCACGCUAAAAUGGUUGAUUGCUAUCUGACAACAUACUUCAACCAUAAAACUCUAUUUGGCAACAAGAAGCGCAUCGCUGACGACAUUAUUGACCACCCACAAAACUAUCACAUCUACGAAGGCUUGUCUACUUUGACAAACAUCUCACGCUACGAUCUGCCCGAUCCAGAGGUAUAUCGUGACUUCUUCCGCCUCAAUCCAUUGUACGAAUUCAAAAAGCUCUCGGAAACGUGCACAUAUUUCCGUGGCUGUCCGAUCAGUAAAUUGGAUGUGGCCAUUGCUUACGAUUUACCCGAACUUGCUGGUAAAUACAAGAAAAUGGCCGAAGCAGCUUUGACAAGUCUGGAAAACCAAAAGAGUAAAAGUUGAGCGAUAGUGCCCCGGGGUAACUGUCAGAACUGUCACAAAACUACGUAAAACCAACAAAAAAACAAAUUAACUUAAUUUUUAUUUCAUUUUUUUCUGAUGCUUAAAAAGAGUUUUCUUCUGUUGAAACUUUUUCGAAAACAAAAUUUUAAAAAACAAAACCAAAAAUGGUGGAGUGGAAUUUCAAAAACCGGGAAACCAUGAAUUCGACAAAAAGAGAGAGCGAGAGAGAGAACAAUAUUUAAACUGCAUCGAUGAGAUGAUAAUAAACAUAAAAAUUUUGCCAAAAAUGACAUUUGCCUAAAGUGUGAGCGACAUGACAAUAGUUUUCUUUUUUUUCUGAAUUAGUUUUUCCUGCAAAAGCUUAAAAAUUAAACUCAAUUAAUUUUCUCUUUCAAAUUCUCCACACUUUUACAUAUAAAAUGAAAAUUCUCUUAAUUGCUUUUAUAUAAUAAUUUGCUGAUGAAAUUUUCACAAAAAAAAAAUUAUCCGAACAAAAUAAAAAUAAACCACACUCACGAUUAAAUAAUAUUAAUUUUUUAUUUAUUUUUUUAAUUAAAUUUAUAUUUAUUAUCAUUCAACGCAUUUAAUUUUAAUUAAUUUUUACCUUGUAUCAUGCAAUUGUCUUGCACUGUGUUCUGUUAAUUAAAAAUUACAAAAUAAAUAGAUGAACCCCCAAAUAGUUUGUAAGUUUAUGGUGAAAAUACAAAACAAUUGUUAAAAAUACUUUGUAGUUUUUAUGUUUCCUUUGUUGUUGUAAUUUUUUUUUUUUUAAUUAUUGAAAAAUAACUGUUUCAAAUAUUAAAACAAAAUAAACUUGUAUAUAAAACAUAACGAGGAUUAAUAAAAAUAUAUAUAUUCUCCAAAAGUAAGAUAUAAACUUUUUAAAUGUAACUUAUUUUUAUUUAAACAAAAAAAAAAUAAAUAAAAGUUAAACAGUAAGUAACAUGAUUAGAGCUCUACUUGCAGAAUACCGUUAUAAAGUGAAAUGUAUUAUUUGUUUAACCGGAUGUGCCCAUUUUUGAAAUAAAAAAAAAUCAGCUUUGUUGUUUAUCGUUGUUAAAAUGAAUUAGAGAGAGAUAUAUAGAAAAAUGAGAGAUGAAACAUAAUAAAACACAGUA